UUUUAAAGAUAUAACAUCUAUCUAUUUAUCUGUUCUAUCUCUUUACCUAUCCUAACCAACUCAUACCAAACUAUCUCCAUUACUUUUCUGUUGUAUCUGGCUCUGAAAACCGCUCUCUCUCUCUAUCCAAACCAAACAGUCUCAACUGUCCGGAGAUUCAAAACUUACCAAUUGGUCUUUGUUCACUGUACUGCCUGAGAAUUCUGUAGUUUUGCCUUCCCAUGUGAUUGUCAGCAUCACUAUUAUCUCGUGAUUAGGCGCUAAGGAUAUUUAUACCGGCGUGUAAGCAUUUUAGUGUAGUGAUAGAAAGGGAAUGAAGCAAAAUCUAUAACUGAAGUCAAGUAAGAAGAAGAGAGAAAGAAAGAAUUGUAGAGAUGAAGAUACAGUGUGAUGUGUGUGAGAAGGCAGAAGCAGUGGUGUUAUGUUGUGCGGAUGAGGCAGCGCUAUGUUAUAACUGCGACGAAAAGGUACACGCUGCUAAUAAACUCGCGAGCAAACAUCAGCGGAUACCGCUACUUCAUAAUAAUCAUAACCGCAAUCAACCUUCUUGUGAUAUCUGCCAGGAAAAAGCUGGGUAUUUCUUCUGCUUAGAAGAUAGAGCAUUACUCUGCAGAAACUGUGAUGUUUCUAUCCAUUCUUCCACUCAGUCAUCUCACCAGAGAUUCCUUCUAACUGGUGUAAAACUCAAUGAUUUCCAGCAGCAGCAACAACAAAUCACGGACUCCAAACCCUCAAGCUUAUCUUAUUUAAAUUCCUCAAUGACGCCAAGUAAUGCAAAUGGUUCUUCAUCCCUCAACAUUUCUUCUACAACUACAGAUAUGAAUAACAACAACAGUACCUUCUCGGAUAUGAAUAACAACAGUACCUUCUCAAGUGACCCGCACUUUUCUGAUUGGCCAUCGGAUGAGAUUUUCACCAACAGUACCAAUUUAGACCAGAAUUAUGAAUUCUCGCCUUCUGAAUUUGAAUCUUCUACCAUAAGCAGCAGCUAGUGAAAUUUCAAUCAAAAUUCAUUCUUUUUGAACUUACUGAACAGGAGAACACAAGAGCCUGAGAAUUCGUUAGGUGGUCUAAGAGCUCCAAACAUUUCUUUAUUUUGCUUUUAUUUUUAGCAUGUACCCCUUCCAUGUAGUGUUUUUCACUAUCCUUUGUUAUUCAUGUUGUAUUUAAAUCUGAGAUUCUUCAAUAGAAAUCUCUUUGCUUUGAAGAUGCUGUAUGUAAACUUGGUUAAUGUUGAUUCACUAUUUUUACUAA